CACCAGUGACCCAUCUGUGUGAACCAAAAUGCGUUUGCACCGGGCAGACCUAGUUAAAACUAUUAUUAUCGUCCUAUCAUCUCAUUUCAACAUAAUUGAUUGCGCGCGCAUCAAAGAGCUUAAAGCCGAGAAAGCGGCGACAUGCAUAACUGCCAACACCGACAAGUAUAUCAUACAAUUUCCUGGGCCACUCAACUACACUGCAGAUGGUAACAGGAUACACUUUUUCGGGAAUUUUACCGUCACUGAAACAAUCAAGGAACCGCUUGAAGUUGCAGUCAUCGCUAAUCGGUGUUCGGUGGAAAUGAAAACAUGUGAACCCUUCAAUAAACUUACUUUGUCACGCGUAUGUACUUAUAUCAACGACGAGAAUGGUAUCUUUAUAUCUUUCUUCAAAAGUAUUACACCAGUGUUCAGAUGUCCUAUCAAGCCUGGAUUGUACACGUUUCAGAAAUCGGUGCUUGAUUUGACAUUUUUUACCAUUUUCGCAUUAGAGGGAUACCGCUGGCAGGCAAAUAUAAAAUUGUUUUCAAGGGAUAACGCUAAACGGGAAUUGUAUUGUCUUGCGACGCAAGCUUUAAUGCGAUGGGUCAGAAGAACAUAAACAUUCAUAGUCAUCCUUACUAUAUUUCUAUAUAUGUUUCCUUCACGAUUUACAUUUUAUUAUGGAAUCAACGAGUUCAUUAAAAAAUAAAACUACCAGUUUUUUAAUCUGCCCUACA